AUGGAACUCACCUUGUUGGUCAAACAAAUGAUGGACUACGUCAUUGAAGCCCAAAUUAUCAUGGGAUACGGCAAAGACGAUACCGUUUUUAUUCCGAAAAUUCCACUAACCCCAACAGACUGCCCUUACCGUAUGCAGAGACUUCAGUUCCCUCUCAAACUCAGCUUCGCCAUGACAAUUAACCCAAGUACAAGUUCAAUCGCUGAAAGUUGUCGGAUUGGACUUUCGAACAUCAUUCCAAAGGUCUUAGCUAUGCCAUCUAGAGUGAGGAUAAUGUACUGCAAUAUUUUGGAAUUCAAGGACCCAUAG